AUGUGUUUAUCAUUUUCACCGCUAAAACCACAACCUCCCCGUCGGGAGACAUAUGGCAAUGAUUACGACAAAUAUCUUCGCGAUCAGGAAAGGUAUCAGAGGAAACUUGAGGAGUAUAAAAAAGAGAAAAAGAAGCGUCGAGCCAGACAAUAUGGAAGUAGUGCUGCUUUUGCGGGUAUGACAGCUGGUGCAGCUGCCGGUGCAGCUAGCGGCGGUGGCGGUGGUGGCUGUUAG